UGUCGUCGCCUGAGUCUCAGUCGCUGCCCCGCUGGCCCGGCCUCGAGGCUCGGGGACCCCGGCGGUGCUUUAGUCCGCCGCGCGCCAUGGCCCAGCCAGGCGAAGAGGAGGCCGUGCCCCGGCCCGAGGUGACAGUGCAGAUCCGCGUCGCUAUCCAGGAGGCCGAGGAUGCGGAGGAACUGGAGGACGACAAGGAGGGGGUGGAGACGCGGCGCUCGGGGGACCUGGCCCGGUUCCUAAGCCCUGGCUGGGGCAGCGCCAGCGAGGAGGAGCCGAGCCGCGGGCACAGCAGCACCACAAGUGGGGGCGAGAAUGACCAGGAGGACCUGGAGCAGGAGUGGCGGCCCCCCGACGGGGAGCUCAUCAGGAAGCUGGUGGAUCAGAUUGAGUUCUACUUCUCCGAUGAAAACCUGGAGAAGGAUGCCUUCCUGCUGAAGCACGUGCGGCGGAACAAGCUGGGCUACGUGAGCGUCAAGCUGCUCACCUCCUUCAAGAAGGUGAAACACCUGACUCGAGACUGGAGAACCACAGCUUAUGCCUUAAAGUAUUCAGUGACUCUGGAGUUGAACGAGGACCACCGGAAGGUCAGGAGGACCACCCCCGUCCCACUCUUCCCCAACGAGAACCUCCCCAGCAAGAUGCUCCUGGUCUAUGACCUCCACCUGUCCCCCAAGUUGUGGGCUCUGAGCACUCCACCGAAGAACGGCAGGGUGCAGGAGAAGGUGAUGGAGCAGCUACUCAAGCUCUUUGGGACUUUCGGAGUGAUCUCCUCGGUGCGGAUCCUCAAGCCAGGGCGCGAGCUGCCCCCCGACAUCCGGCGGAUCAGCAGCCGAUACAACCAGGUGGGCACCCAGGAAUGUGCCAUCGUGGAAUUCGAGGAGGUGGAAGCGGCCAUCAGGGCGCACGAGUUCAUGAUCACAGAGUCUCAGAGCAGAGAAAACAUGAAGGCGGUCCUAAUCGGGAUGAAGCCACCCAAAAAGAAACCUCCCAAAGACAAGCACCAUGACGAGGAGCCCGCUGUGAGCAUCCCCCCGAACAGGUCCCUCAACAAGCGCGUGGAGGAGCUGCAGUACAUGGGGGACGAGUCCUCCGCCAACAGCUCCUCGGACCCCGAGAGCAACCCCACCUCGCCCAUGGCCGGCCGGCGGCACGUGGGCCCCCACAAGCUCAGCCCUGCUGGCCACCAGAAUCUCUUCCUGAGCCCGAACGCCUCUCCGUGCUCAAGUCCCUGGAGCAGCCCGCUGGCCCAGCGCAAAGGCGUUUCCAGAAAAUCCCCGCUGGCUGAAGACGGGCCCGAGAUCUUCCGCAAGUGCAUGGAUUACUCCUCCGACAGCAGCGCCACUCCUUCCGGCAGCCCCUGGGUGCGGAGGCGCCGCCAGGCCGAGAUGGGGACCCAGGAGAAGAGCCCUGGGGCGAGUCCCCUGCUGUCUCGGAAGAUGCAGACUGCGGACGGGUUGCCUGUGGGGGUGCUGAGGCUGCCCAGAGGCCCUGACAACACCCGAGGGUUUCACGGAGGACACGAAAGGGCCCUGGCCGGUGUAUAAAUCCCUUCUCUUAGUAUCAGCUCCAUUGAAAACCGCCUUUGCUAUCAAGGUUCUCACCAAUACCCGGCAUGACCUAGAACGGAAUUCAGUCUCCUUUGAAAGAUUUUAUAUACAUAGAGACCUCUUAAUUUAUAUAUUUUGUAAGGUAUGCAAAUUGUCUAGUGUGCCGGGGCUCCCAGCAUGGCAGUAUGUUGAUGACCCAGGAUAGUGGUUCUGGGGGGCCAUGGGAUGGCAGCUCCCUGAGGAGGGUCUGAUGAUAAUGGGGCUCUCUUUGGGGACCGAGCUGCCCUUGACAGACCGAGCAAAGGCAUUGUGAGAGCCCAAAGGAGUUUUGUUGUUCGACAGCAAACAGUUAAGCCAACAGCAUGGUGUCUUUCAGCACUCUACAUAUGCUCCCUGUCCAUUGAAUAAAUAAUAAAACACCCGCCGGAA